AUGUAUUAAUUAAGUGUUUCUUAAAUUCAUUUUAAGUCUCUUGUAUAGACUUAAUUAAUGUAAAUCUCUUUCUAAUGUGGUAUAUUUUACAUAUAUAAUUUUAGCUGAUAAAAGAGAACCUCUAAGGAUUGUAACCACUUAAAAAAUAAUUAAAUAUUCUCCAUCAUGGACUUCUUCAUUUGAUCUUGGCAGAUUUGUAAUAAAUUAAUAGAUCCUUAGCUUUAAAUAUAUAUAGAAAUACAAGAUGAAGAAAGUGGAUUCAUCAAGGUUAUAGGUUUUGCAAAAUUAGAAUUAAAUGAGAUCAUGGGAAAAGAAUCUAUAUAUAAAAUAGAUUUAGAAUAAGGAAAUUAGGUAAGUAUAUUUAUUAAAUGCACAAACCCUAAUGAGAUUAGUAGAAAUUCAGUUUAAAUGUAAUCAUAAAUUUCAUGGACGAAAUCUUUAAGAACAGAGCCAAUUGUAUAAAAAAGAUAUGGAAGUCCUUAACCCUGCUCAACAAGAGUUCGAUAAGAAGUUAAGAAGGUUAAUUUGUAGGAUUUAUAACAUGUUAAAAAUAUAUAAUUACCAACUUAAAGUAUGCCAAAUUUAUCAGAAAGUAGAAUGAGUUUAUAAAAAGGAAGAGAAAGUUAUAAUAGCAAUUUUACUUAUGCAGGCUAUUCAGUAACUAAUAAGUGUUCUUAAUAUCAAUAAACAGAAAAUGCAGAUAGCAAUAUCAAAUUUAAAUAAAUGAUUAAAGAACUAUCAUUAUUAUUAAAUGUUCCAUAAGACUGUGAUGCUAUAGUAUAUGCUGUUUAGAAGGUAUUAUAGAAUUUCAGAUAAUAAAGUGAACAAUUAAUCAAAAUUUAAUGUGAUCACUAAAUCUUAAAAACUGAGUAUUAAACACUAUAUCAUCUAAAAAAUUAAAUUGAAACUAAUUAAGAAGAUUUUAAAAUGUAAAUAAAAUAGAAAUUGAAAAAUUAUAAGACUUUGUUUGAGGAGAAUGUAUAAUUAAAAAAGACAUUAAAAGAAGAUUUAAAUAAAAUUGUCGAAUUGAAUCUUAAAAUUAAAGAAUUAAAAAAAGAUGAUACUAUCCUUACAGAAGUGAAUUCUUUAAAUCAAUAAAUCAAAUUCAUAAAUUAAAGUGUCUAACAAAGUUAAUAAGAUUUUGCAAUAUUAGUUGAGGAAAUCAAUUUAAUUAAAUAAUGA